AUGCAUAGCCAGUUCAUCUUUCUAUUAGUGCUAAACACAAUUCUGUCGGUCACCGCGUUUCUCGGCAAUACUCUGAUCUUACUAGCCCUCAAGAAAGAAACAUCUCUUCAUCCACCAUCUAAACUCUUGUAUCGUAACCUAGUCACAACUGAUCUCUGUGUUGGUUUCAUUGUGGAACCUUUGAGUGUUAUUUCCUUGAUAGCUGCUGUAACUGGACGAUGGAACACUUGUCGGUAUGCAUUUCUAGCAAAUUACAUCACAGGUUAUAUAUUGUUUGGGGUGACUUUGUCAACUAUAACGGCGAUCAGCUUGGACAGACUUCUGGCGUUGUUGUUGGGGCUUCGAUACAGACACUUCGUAACCUUGAAGCGGACAUACCUAGCUGUAACUGCUCUAUGGAUUGUGCCUGUUGUCUGUACAACAAUGCACUUUUGGAAUCACCAGGUCACCGCAUGGUACAGUUCUAUGCUUACCUCAUUUUCCCUGCCCUUGUCAACCGCCUUUUUCGCAAAAAUUUUUCACGCUCUGCGUCAUCAACAGAUUCACUCGCAGAACCAAAUUCACCAGGGACAGUCCAGCGAAGCAAAUCUACUGAACAUGGCGCGCUACAGAAAGGCAGUAUCGAGUGCACUGUGGGUGCAGUUGGCAUUAGUUAUUUGCUAUCUGCCGAUAAGCAUAGUGGAAGCUUUGACAAUUCAAGGAUUGUCCCCAUCUGUUGUCAUUGCUAAGGAGNUAUCGAGUGCACUGUGGGUGCAGUUGGCAUUAGUUAUUUGCUAUCUGCCGAUAAGCAUAGUGGAAGCUUUGACAAUUCAAGGAUUGUCCCCAUCUGUUGUCAUUGCUAAGGAGUUUGCAGCGACUCUAUUCUACCUAAACUCAACAUUAAACCCGAUAUUAUACUGCUGGAAGAUGAAUGAAGUUAGACAAGCGGUCAAAGGAAUAAUUGAAGAACUUGGGUGUUUAUUCUGUCUGCGUUGUUUAGUUUGUUAG